UUCACUAAAAACAACCCCUGUAGAUGGGUAACAUCACAAGUGCACCUUUUCUUCGCAAACUAAGAAGCAAAUUGGCCGAUAACUAAUCGACUAACGUCAUUCCCAUUUCAGUUUGCCUCAUAGCUCCAAACUGGUGGUUGGCCAGAAUGGCAGAGAUGUCACAGGAGCAACAAAAAGCACCCAUCAUUCAAGCUAUUCACGCCACUCUGGUAGCGGUGUCCAUCGUUGUCAUGGCAGUGUCGUCUUUCUUUUUCACUUACACCCUCCUGAAAGCAGCUGAGAACCUUCACAACAAAAUGACGCUGUCGACUAUCAAAGCACCUGUGUUGUUUUUUGACACAAACCCAGCAGGGCGAAUCCAGAAUCGCUUUUCCAAAGAUGUUGGUUGCAUGGACGAUGUGCUGCCACUGAUAUUUCUUCACGCUUGUAUAUCUUGCCUCUUCGCGAUCUGUGUCACAAUCGUUCCCGCUGUGGUGAACUACUGGCUUUUCUUGGCUCUUCUUCCAUUUGUUAUGUUAUUUAGUUAUUUUGCACGCUAUUAUCUGAAGUCUUCCAGAGAACUCAAGAGGAUUGAGGCCAUCAAAUGCAGUCCUGUGUACUCACACAUCACAGAAACAGCAAAAGGACUCGAAAUAGUUCACACUUCAAACAUGAACAGGACAUUUCUGGACAGGCUUGAGAGGUAUGUCGCUCUCCAAGGUUUUCAUGUGAAGCAAACGUAUCCUUGCCACAAUUUUUAUACCACUGGAAACCACUCGUUUUGACUAGCCUUGUUCUCGUUUGGUGAGGAUUAACUCUGCGGUCUGAAAUCAAAUUGACUCCUCCUCAACAACUCUCCUUGUAGAUUAUAAGCUAAAAAGAAAUCACAACCAAUUUUUACUAGGUCCUCCUUGUACCCCAAACGUCAGGCGGAAUACGCCUCUUCCCGAACGGACCUCUUUUCGUAAUAUGCUUCAGCGUCAUGUCAGGCGAUUUUUGAGUCACGGUUUUUAUUUUAGCGAAAAGCAGACAGGCCAAAAUAACCAUGCCGAGAACAUUAAGAGCACCAAAAAGGUACCGUA